GCCCUCGAAAAAAAAAAUACGCUAGAGGAUCUCGUUCAAGAGACGCCGUCCUUUCCCGUUCCUUCUUGCGACGUGCCGGCGACGGCGACUGCGAGCGACCGCGCACGCCGGAGGAAGCCGGAAGGAGGGGAGGGACCGCGGAGAGGAGAUGUUCACGAACGCGCAGCGCCAGGUCGAGCGUACUGGCCGCGGCGGCACCCCGAGAGACCAGUACCUUCAGGAUCUUGUGACCCAGUUCCAGGACUCCACGGAUGAAGAGUACAAGGAGAGAAUUGUUGCAAACUUGUCAAAUUUUGCGUAUGACCCUUAUAACUACGCCUUUAUGCGCCAGCUGAAUAUUCUCGAGUUGUUCUUGGACUGCAUUACGGAACCAAAUGAAAGGCUUGUUGAGUUCGGCGUUGGUGGAAUAUGUAAUUCAUGUGUUGAUCCAGCAAAUGCCUCUGUUAUUACUCAAUGUGGUGGAAUCCCAUUGGUUGUACAAUGCUUAUCUAGCCCAGUUAAGAAUACCGUGAAUUACGCACUUGGAGCCUUGUACUACUUAUGCAAUCCUUUGACAAAGAAAGAGAUAUUGAAGCCAGAUGUACUUAGGAUCAUAAGAGACUAUUCUGCAGCUGGAGCCAUCAACAGCAGCUUCAGCAAUCUGGCAAAUGCAUUUCUGGACAAGCACGUCACGAGUUGACGUUAGUUCAGAACUGCAGAUGAUAAGGCUUGUAGCAUUCCAUCUGAUAGAGGGCAUAGAGGAGAGGCUCUGCAGGAGUUACACUUCUGUGCAUACCUGGCCAAACGGGCCGGCCCGGCCCGGCACGGCCCGACCCGCCAGAAUCGUGCUUGGCACGGCACGGCACGCCGGGGCCCGAUUAGUAAACGGGACGUGCCGUGCCGGCCCGCGUGCCCGGGGUCCAGGCCCAAGCACGGCACAGGGGCUAUACGGCCCGGCCCGUCGGCACGCCAGGCCCACUGGCCUGCUAGGAUUUUAAUAUUUUAGGCCGCUAUUUGGGCCGAUUUCGGCAUGUUCGGCUAUUAUUUGGGCCGGUUUUGACAUUUUGGGCUGUUUUUUGGGUUAAUAUUAACCUAUUGGGCUUUAUUUUUUAUCACAUAUAUAUAUAAAAUAAAAAUAAAAAAUGAAAACGCUAAACGGGCCAGGCACAUGGCCCGCGUGCCCAGGCCCAGGCACGGCCCGAGGCGUGCUGUGUGCCUGGCAUGACCCGUUUAAGUCGUGCCAGGCCCGGCCCGUGUCAUGCCUGGCCUGCAGGCUGUCGGGCCGGCCGACUAGCACGGCCCGUUUGGCCAGAUCUGCUUUUGUGUCCAUUUAUCCAAGCACAAUAAUUAGUAGUGACAUAGAUCUUGAAUUUUUACGACCUCUGUGAUAAAUCAGCAAGUUCAUCAGCGCCGAGGUCUUGGUAUUUAUUCCAGACAACUGUAAAAUUGUCUACUGUAAUUGCUUAGGAGUUGGCAGUAAAAGGAAGGAGGAUAAAGUGCUCCUUUGUUAAUUCCA